AUGGAAGAUGAUAAUGGAAUUACAGAAGAAGCAGAAGCCCCGAAUCAGAACGGCCAAGGACCAUCAGCAGUCUCUUCAAUGGUCAGAGCAUUUCCCUGGAAGCUUUCUUCACGGCGAUUGGAUACGUCCAAGAUUCAUGGUUUCGACGGAGAAGUAACCGUCCUGAUGAAUCUGCUUCUCCGAGUACCGGGCCAUGACGAUGGAUUCAAAGCAAUCGCCAUCGUUGGCGGAUCUGGCAUCGGCAAGACAACACUCUGCAAACUCAUCUUCAGCAAGCCGGAGAUUAAAAAACAGUUUCUCCCCAGGAUUUUUGUGUCGAUACCGGCUGCUCAUCAGCCAAUCGAGAUAGUCAGAUCAAUUUUAACUCUCCUAGGGCUUGGGGAUGAGAUGAUUUCCUCAAUUGAGAGUGAUCAUGGUUUGUCUGGUUUGGUUUAUACAACGUAUUUGCAAUUGGUAGGCAAGAGGUAUUUGAUCGUGCUGGAUGAUUCCGAUUCGAUCUCCACUCCAAAUCCCUGGUUCGAAGAAUUGAAAUCUUCGAUUACUGCCGACGAAGAAUUGAGCGAUAAACUUGCCUAUGGAUUUCCGAAAGGACACGGCGGAACAGUUAUCGUAGCGAGCAGGAACGAGGAAAUGGCGAAGAAAAUGGUUGGGGGAGAGAAUAUACAUGAGCUUCAUCCCAGAUCUGACUCUGAGAGUUGCUGGUUGAUAUUCAAGGACACGGUGGAGGAAGUUCGGAAACCUUUCAAUCCCACCAAUGGCGACGCCCUGAAAAAGGAAAUCACAAGGAAGUGCGGCGGCGUCCCGUCGGCGGCCAAGAUUAUUGGAAAGAUCAUGCGUGAGCAACUCGAACAAUGA